AUGGUCCUGACUGUGGCUCCUGUGGCUCUGGCAAUUCUUCUAUAUCAUCUACUUCCAGGUUGUGCUCAUCGAGUUACCAUGAAAUUCACCAGCGGAAGUGCCUUCACUGUUCGCCGUAGUAACAAGAUGUGGUGCGGCACAUUUACUGAUCAGACCAUUGAACAAUCAUUGAUGAGAAGUAUGAAAGUAGAGGGGGGACUGACCAGAUCUCGUGACCUCUCCGACAGUGUAGCCUUUCGUUGGUUACAAGGACACACAGCAAUGGCUCACAUUACUGAAGUUGUUGAAGAUUUUUGUGUUGUUAAAUUUGGCACUAGUGAACAACAUACUGAUAGCAGAGAAUCCAGAGUCCAGAGGGAUAACGCUGACGCUAAGAAACUGUUGGAGUGGAUGGAGAGUCAUGACCCUUUCCCAGAUAACAAUCAGAUUAUAAGUACUGGAAUCGUAGGUGAUGAACGAGUCAAUUGCCAUCGUACAAGAGAAUUAGGACAAGAAGGUGUUGAAAGGAUUGUUGGUUUAAAUUUCAAGACAGUGAAAUUCAAAAGGCAUGAUCGAGUUAACCCACUCUCUGUGAUGCACUCUGGAAUCAAAGUUCACGACAAGGUAGUUAUCAUUGACCCUACGACACUCUAUCGAAGAAUGACUAUCGCAAAGCAGUCUGAAGACGAGCUAAAAGAAUUCUUGAAAUACGAACUAAGUCCGUAUCCUACGUCAUUAUUUCAAGAAGGGUCCAUGAGGAAAGGAACGAAAUCGAAACUAUAUGGCCAAGGGCUAAGGGUUUGA